ACUCAGGUCCUCCUGACUCCUGGGCUAGUGUUCUAUCCACUGCACCAGCCAUCCUUCGUUUUUGAAGAGGAUCUAUGAAGUCAUGGGAUGGUGUCUUCAUUUGCCCUUGAAUUAAAUUUAAGUGAGGCAGAGCUGCACCAAGUCAUCAGCUUCACCCUGUCUUCCAGAGUCGUUGAAGUCCAAUGGCAAGAUAACAGUUAAGAUGACUUUCAAUGGCCUGAGAUACAGUGGAUGAUGACCUGGGUGUCUUUAAUAUCUGACCAAGCUCUAAGCUCUCCACAGUGCUUGCUUCAGCCAUCUUCAUGGCCAUUGGAACAAAUUGUUCUCAUCAGCCCAUUCCGCCAGAGGAAGUCUUAACAUGCUUGGGGUAGAUAUCCCUCCAAUUCACUGAUGGAUUUGAGGCUGUUUGUUACCUUCAGCCUGGUUUAGCCUGUCUGCCAAGUUGGUUUUACCCAGGCGUGGCCACUGUACACGCUACAACUUCUUGGAGCCACAGGAGGAAGAAAAUUCUUUUCUGAAAAACUUGGAAUAUGAGAACUGGCCACAUGCUGAAUUACCUCCAAAAAGAAGACUUGGAGCUUUAUCAAGGAGUCAGUUUCUGUUUUCACUUGACCCCCAGAAUACAGAAGACAUCAUUAAUGAGAUGCUUGCAACUUCAUGUGAAACAUGGUCUGGUACUAGUGAUAAUGAAAGCCAAUUAAGUUGGCCUAGUGGCAGUGGAAGUCGGCUGUCAUUUUCAAGUGAGGCUAUCUCGUCUUCUUCAUUUGUAAAUUCAGUACACAGGCAGCCUCCUCCCAACCACAGAAGAUUUUCUCAUCUUAUGUUUGAAACACUACCAUUUUCAUCAAGAAAAUUACUACCAAUGAGGAAAAUGUGUGCAAAUAAAAAUAAGAAUGUACGGUUUUCUUCAGAUCAUAAUUUUUUGCGAAAAAUCCAAGAUAACAUUAGAAAAUGAAGACCUAGAUUUGACACCAUGCCCUUCAGCUCAUGUAUAUCUUCCCAGAAACCAAAUUAGGCUUCUAGAAGAGAAUUUGAGAAAUCAAAUCCCUGCAAAAUCUCAGCCUGUGAUAAAGAUUAAAACUACUUAUCAAAGCUCAAACUUUGCUAAAUUGAAUCAAGCACCACUGUACCCAUCAGAAGAAACUUCUUGUAAAAGAGAGAAAAUGCUCCAAGAGUCAUUAUUUCACUGCCCAGAUGAUAUCAGGUCCAACAUUUUCAUGCAUCCUCAAGGUUUAUCACAAUCUGAAAUUUCAGUUCAGAAUGAAGUCCCAGGCCAGGCCCAAGAUUGCAACCAGAUCCAAAACAAUAUUAAUAUCCAAACUUCAGUAAAAGUCCGAGGUUUGUCCAAGUUCCAAAGUGCUUAUUAUGAGAAGCAGGAACAGUUCACUACUAACUUGUUAGAUAAAAGUCCACCAAUUUUAUCUGUGACAAGAGACAAAACAAUAAAUCCACAAAUAUUAAAUAUUAUGGAGAACCUAAACAUAUUAAAUCCAAAGGAAGAGCUCCAAAAAUAUUCAACAGUGCUUAGCACUUGUGUACCUGUUUCACCUCAAACAAAGCACAAAAAUGGAAUAUGUCCAACAGACUUGAAAAAUACAAUGGGUCCCAGAGUUAUGAGUCUCAAGGCAAAGAAAACAUCAUUUUCACAGCUGCUUAAUAUCCUAGGCUAUGGUACAUUAGCCAAUAGAAGGAAACUGGAAUGUAACAUUGCAAAAUCACACAGUACUUGUGCAGUGAAGCCAUGUAAUGUCUCACCAGAUUCAGCCCUAAAAGCUAGACAGGUUUCUGUGCCCAGAUCAUCUUUUGGUCAUAGUAGAGUAAGAGCAAAGAGAGAUAUGCUAAGAGCUACAAAAAUCAAGUCUCCUCUUCAGGUACAGAACAAAAAAUCACCAGAGAAAAUAUCAUAUGCACAGCCACUUGAGAAGACACCUCGACCAGUGGAAAAUAAAGGUAAAUUUAAAGAAUCAACAGAUACCUCUACACUCAGUUUAGAGUACUCAGAUAGCAAAAUGCAACAUGGUAAAAACUAUGGUAUGAUUAGAUCAGGAUUAACUGUGAACAAUAAAGAAAACAGUUACCUCUCAUGUGCAAAUAAGAUAGAAUUUCUUUCUCUACAGCGAGAUGCCCGGCAAUCCAAGUAUGUACCUCAAACUGUUUUGAAUUCUGUUUCUUUCCCUAAGAAGUUCUUAUUUCAACCUGAGAAAGCAAAGACAAUAAAUGAUGCCACUGACCCAGAGACUUUUAAAAUAUCAAAUUCACUGGGACAGAAAAUACCAAAUAAGACUGACGUGCCUGUGUAUGACUGUUCCAGAUCUGGAAAAAAACUUAAAUUUUUUAUUUCAAGGCAGAAGAUCCUGCAGCCAAAAGUAGUAUUAAAAUCUUUUCUCUGUUCUAUUUUUGCCCCUGUCAAGUCCCCACUUCAAAGUGAAAAACAGAAAAAAAGUGAUCAUUUAGGAGAAGACAUGGAAAGAAUAAUACAAGAUCAAUCUCAAGGAGAAGAGACAUCACUAAUUGAAGUCAAGUGUGAACCUCUUCUUGACUCGGAAAGGGUUGCCAAUCUCCAAAUUGUACCAGCCCAAGAAGAGAUAUCACUAAUUAAGGCACAAUUGGUGGAAUGUGAUGGCCCAAGAGAUUCUGUGAUGCAGGGAAACUAUGCAAAUCAUCAAGAAUGGUUCACUACAAACCAGGAGGGGCAGCAGGAUCAAAAAUGUUUACCACUAACUAUUUCAAAAUCUGGGAGUAUCAUUAAGUCUUGUAUGCUUCCACUUGAACAAACAUCAGAAGAAAUCUUGGAAGACUCAAAAAAAUCAACAUAUCCUUCAAGUUGUGAAGAAAUCAAAAAAUCACUUGAGAGCCACAUAAAAGCAACAGACAUUUUACAAUCUAUCUGUAGCACGGUUCCCAGUCCCUCUCAAAUUAAAAUCAAAUAUGUAAAAAUAAUGGAAGACAAGAACAAUUCUGUGUGUAUACCUCUAAUUUGUGAAGAAACCAAACAGUCUGAAUCCAAAGUAGAAACUGGAGUUGAUUCAAAAUGUAUCAAUGCCAUCAUGCCCAGUCUAUAUCCAAAUGCUACGCAAGUACAAAUAGUGGCAGACAUUACAGAUAUAAGUCCUUCUCCAGAAAUCAAAAGGUCUGAAUCUUGUGGAGUGAGUGAAAUUGUUUCAAAUCUAGUAAAGUCAGAUACACCCACAGUAGAAAUAGUAGCAGAUGUUGACAAUUCAACGUGUUGCGCUCCACUUUGUGAGGAAAUCAAAUUACAUCUUGAGACUCCGCUAAAAGCUGAAGACUUUUCAGAAUCGAACAUUACCACGAUGCCUUGUCCAUGCUCAACUGCAAUAGUCCAUCCAGUGGAAGACAUAAAAGAGACAGUGGCUUCUCUGGUUUGUGAAGAAAUUCAAAAGCCGCCUGAUGACACUUCAGAGUCUAGUGAUGUGUAUUUUUGCAGCUCACCUUCAGUUGAACCAAAUUCAUUGUCUUUAAAUUAUGAAGAAAAUGUCAAGAGAUCCCUAGGGUCCCACAAAACCAAAAAAAGUAUUUUGGAAUCUAUAUUUACUUCUACACCCAAUCAAAAUUCUAGGAAAAUGAAAACUGUACAAGCAAUAGCAGACAUGAGCGAUUUAGUGUGUUCUUCAGUUGGUGAAGAAAUGCAAAAGUGUAUUGAGACUUCCAUUGUUUUGGAACCUUCAGACAUCUCUUUUCCCCUUCCCCUUAAAGAUAAAAAGAAAUCAGUACAAAUUCUAGAAGAUGUGAAAAAAACAGUACGUCCUCCAAUUUGUGAUAAAAUCAUUCAGGCCUCAGAGUCUCAUAUCACCGAAGCUGUUUCAAAUUCCAUAGAUGCCUCCACACAUAGUCCAUGCCACAUUAAAAAGAAAUCUGUAGAAGUAGUAUUGGAUUUGAAAAAAUCAUUGUUUUCUCUUCCAAUUUCUGCAGAAACCAAAAAAUCCCUUGAGUCUUACAUAAAAACUGGGGGUGUUAUGCUGUCUAGAGGUCCAUUUCAAAAGAGAAUAUCACAAUUAGCUUUGGUCAUGAAAAAUUCAGCAUUUCCUCCUACAGUCUGUGGAGAAAUGCAAAGUGGCCUCCAGACUCACAUAAAAAUUCCUUUUGAGAAGAACUGGGAAAUUGAUAGAAAAACGGAGAAGCUUCCACAGAAGGAUACAUUUCUAGUGAAAGAGGGUCAAGAACAAAUUGUGGCAGAUGUAACAAAAGAAGUCGAGGUCUCCACACACCGUGGUGGGAGAAAGAAAGCUUUUCCAAAGGCCAGAGACACUGUAGAAGCUGAGUACUUCAAAUCACAAUUAUGCUCUAUCUCUGUUCUUGAUAGGCUCACUGCUAAUGAAAAAACAGAUCUUAUUUUUCAUUUCCAAAAAAAGAGACUAGAAUUAAAACAGGGAAGUAUCCAUACAAUAGUUAUUGAAUCUUACCAAAAAUCACCUUCUCUCAUCAAGCCAUGUAUUUCAAAGGAAGCUCACAGUGAUAGGCGAGUAUUUCCAAGAUGUAGGAAAUUAAACUUUAUGUCUCAGGAAGAGGUUGAUUCCCUAGAGAUGAACUUAAAACACAAAUACCUGAUGUUUCUUUUUGGACUCCCUUUUAAUAGCCAGAGCUCAUUAAAAGAAAUCAUCCCAAAGGCUGUAACUCCAAUCCCUUCAAUGAUCUACCAGAAACAUAAAGCUAAAUACAUCGAAAAAAAUGUGUUAGUAAUUAAAAGAGGAGUUAGAGAGAAAUUAGAAUCACACAUCUAUGAAAAACAGAAACUUGGUUUUUCAAAUUCAAUCGUGAGUCUUCUUCCCCAAAGCUUCAUCCCUUGUCCUCCAGAAAACAUAUUUCAUCCAGAAGAAGGAAACACUGUGAAAAGAGUCAUCAUUGAGGGUGAAACGAGGAAGAGUUUGCCAUGCCAUCUGAGAAAAAUGGCAGCUGAGAAGAAGGGUGGAAUUGCCUCAAAAUUAAUUAAAUAUGAGAACACAACAAAAGAAUUAUGCCCUGUCAGCAGUAUGAAAGCAGUGAUUGUUAACAAAUUAAAUGUCACAGAUUAUGUCAAUGAAAACAUUAAACAAGCUGUGGAGGUCAAUAUGCAGUUAAGGCUAAGUCAAAAGGCUUCAUAUAUGGCUGCUGGAAAUAAGGGAGGAUCACUGCCUCUAGUUUUCCAGAGAUUCACAGCCAAUGAUUUAAAAAAGCUCGUUACAUAUUUUUUAGUGAAAUCACUGGAAGUCAAAAUGAACAUGAUUCCUAAAGUAGUGGAAGAAUCCAUUAAAAUGGUAGAAAAUCAGGUCCAAAGAAAACCUCGAUUAGAAUCAGCUUAUCCUACUAACAAAGUCACAAAGCCAAGAAGCACAAAAUUGCCAUUCAUGGAAUCCAAGUUUCUUCAUCAAAUAAUUCUUAAUUUACAACACAAAUGUCUUAUGUUUCUCUUCAGGCUUCCUGUUGAGACACUGCCCCCUGAGCUGACUAUAUCGCCCAAGUAUCUGCCUAGACCUAAGCUUAAUAAAAAAUAUAAUAUUGUAAAUGAGGUUGGAAACCAAGUUUCCUUUUCCAUUGAUAUGGAGAAAUUAGAACAACACAUCUCUUUGAAAAAGCAGAACUCAUAUAAAAUCCUUUCAGAAAUUAUAAAAUUACCUGAGUUAGUUAUACUACCUGUUUCUCCUUCUGAAAACAUUCCUAUGGCAAUGGAUGACAGGACAAUUUUGAAAAAAACUCUUUCUCCAAAUUGCUCCAGCAUUGUGCUUGAUUCUCAAUGUUUAACACAGAAAGAUAGUGGUGAGCCUUCCUUGAGAAAACCUCAUUGGUCUCUAGGAGAAGAGAAAUUCCCUUUCAAAAUAUCUCCAAAGUUAACUAAAACUGUGCCUGAUCCUCUAAAAGAUGCACAAGAAAAUACUGAUAUCUCUGAGGACUCAAAAAUGUCUUGCCUUCAGAAAGGGGAAAUUUGUCCUGAGUCUCAGAAAAGCAAACAUACAUCACCUACUUCACCUAAGAAGACAAACAUUGACAUAGUGUUAAAUUUACAUGAAACAUCACUUCAGAAGACUGAAAAUGCUCCUAAUUUCUUUGAAAUCCGGGGCGAACAUGCAUCUUCACCUGAGAUUUAUGACAUAUUUCAAGCUAAGGAGGAAGUUAAUGCAAACACUGAUAGUAGUAGCUUAAAAGCCUCGUAUCAGAAUUCUGAAGUUUCCUUUCAAAGUCAGGAAAAUGUCCAGAGAUCUGUCGAAUCGAACAACUCUCCACCUCCCCCUUACGAAAGAGUGGAAAUGGAAAUGUCUUCUCAGAGGUCUGUCAAAUUAAACAAUUCUCCACCUCCCCCUAACAAAGUAGUGGAAAGGGAAAUGUCUUCCCAAAGAUCUGUGGAAUUAAAGAACUCUUCAGCUCUCCCCAAGAAAAGAGUGGAAAGGGAAAUGUCUUCCCAGAGAUCUGUGGAAUUAAAGAACUCUUCAGCUCCCCCCAAGAAAAGAGUGGAGAGGGAAAUGUCUUCCCAGAAAUCUGAGGAAUUGAAAUCUCCACCUUCUCCAGACAAAAGAGUGGAAAGGGAAAUAUCUUCCCAGAGAUCUGUGGCAUUAAAGAACUCUUCACCUCCCCCCAAGAAAAGUGUGGAAAUGGAAAUGGAAAUGCCUUUCCAGACACCAAAUGUGAUCUUCAGGACCUUUAAAAAAUCCUGGGAAAAUGUGCCUUUAUCAGAUGGUGGUCCUUUAAGGCAGGGUCAGAAGGAAAUGUUUUUUGACAUUCCAUUUAAGUUAGAGGACUUCAAUCCUUUGGAAAAACUCAGUGAGACAAACCAAGUCAGGACCAAAACAAAGCCAGUUUACCAGAAGGGAGAUUUAAUUCCCCAAAGUAUUCAACCUUCUGGAAACCAGAACUCCCUUAUAACACCACCUUACUAUACAGCUGAUCAACAUGGAAAAAAGAAAUUGCACCCUAAAAUUCAUUCUCCUCACUGGAUGUCUGACAGUUCAUUAGAAACUCAAUCCAUGCCAUAUUCAUUACCCAGAGAAGAAAAGCUUUCAAGGAAGACAUGGAGUCAAGUAAGCAAUCCCUUGGCUUCUGCAACUGACUCAAGACUCAAACUAGGCCUGGAAACAAGUGAUGGGAAAAUUAUUCUGAGUCUGGAAAAUAAAGCUGGAGAGAAGCUCAAUGCUGAUCUGCCCAAAGAGAACACUAUGAAACUUGACCAUUCUUGCAAUUUUACAGAGAAUGAAGAGAAGCAGAAAAUGCAAGAGGAAGAAUAUGACUCUGGUUUAGAUGCAUCUCAAUCAGUUUUAAACCAUCAGCAGGAAAAUGACUAUUUUCAUUUUAAGAGAAAAAACACUCAACAUUUUUUUUAUGCCUGCACACCAGCAGAUACUCCAGGGAACAAAUCCAAGACCAUUCGCUGGAAUAUCCCCAAAAAUAUCUCUGGACAGAGUAAGUUUAGAACUCCCUUGGUAGCAAAGUUUUCAAAUCCAGAGAAAAUAUGGAGUUCAUCAAAGAAGUUUUUGGAGUCAGUCUCUGCGCCCUUUAACUUAUACCCAGUCCAUCAAAAAUGAUGUGAACCAGAUCUAGACCUCUCAUUGAUGAGAAGUAAAUGCUGUCAAAUUGUGAAGUAAUAAAACCAUGUAAAAUCCA